CGGCGGCUAGAGGAGGCGGUCGCUCCGACUAUUGGAACACACCAACAGCAACUUGGCACUUGCUGCCCGCUGCAGCUCAAGACACACCCGAGAGGAAAGUGAGCGUGGAGGCAAGCAGGCAGAAAGGUUCGGGUGAACGAACGCUGUACAUCACCGGACGAACGUCAAGCCUUUUCCCUAGGAUUCGACUCUGGGAUCGGCCGGAGUGAGCUACAAAAGUGUUCCAAUAGCGGCCUUCCGUCAACAUACGGACACAUAGGCUAAGCACUGCAAUUGGUCCCGAAGGCGGACAGCCAAGAUACACCGGGGACAAAGGAGGGAAAAAAAAAAAAGAAGAGAAUCAAUCAAGCAUGGCUUGUUUCUCGUCCGGGGUUGGUGGUGGUGCCGGUGGUGUCUUCAUUGGGUCAUUCAACAUCAACUCGGAGGAUCUCACAGUUGACGCUGCCAGGGCCUGGCUCAAGCAGGCAGAGGGUGCAGACAUCGUUGCCUUGGGACUACAGGAAUGUGGUACCGUUCCAGCCAACCCGUUCCCAGAGCCAAUCAACGGCAAGGCGAUCGCGAUGUGGCAACACGUCAAAGACGUCGCCGUCCCCGAGGCAAGAGUUGAAUGCGCCAAUCUCGCCGGUUGGGGGUCCCCUCGAAUGGCCGGGGUGGCCCAAGCAGCCGCGGCAGCGAAGCUGGCGGCGGCGCACAAGGCGAAGAGAGCCCGAGCUGGCGCUACAUACACCGGCGUGACGAAAGCGCCGCCGGCCUGCGGCAGUGGGGGUGAUGCCGGGCAAGGACGGGAAGAGGAUGAAUUUUUCGCGGAGCCCCCGAGCAGCGGGCCGGUGCUGCUGGGUGGCUCUUCGGAGGGUUCCACGGGUAUGCGGCAGGAGUCUUACUACCUUCGGGGUGUGAUCGAUGAACGUCGGGACAACAAGAUGCUAGCAACCAUCGCCGACUGCAUCCCAGGACGGCAAUUGGUUGCCGAUGUGGCCAUGGGAGAGACGCCGACUCACGGCAAGAUUAAGGUCAACAUAUCAAGAAACUUGUCACCAAAGACACCCCCGCGAGGCGUCUCUGCGUCAUCAGCAGCAAUCGAGGCUGCGAUGGCAGCUAGCGCCAACCGCGAAUCAUGCGGGGAAGGGUUGGACACUGCCGGGUGCGACGGGCCUCUCGACGAAAGCGGAAGGCCGGAAUGGUCUGCCGGGGACGUCGGUGCGGGGGGCGUCAACACCCAUCACAAUGGUAGCGGCAGUGCAGACCCCGCUAACGGCGCUGUGUUCAAGACCGUAGAAUGGUACGGAACUAUCCGUCUUCUUGUCUUCGUAAGAAAAGACCUCUACAAGAACCUUAGAGUUAAAACCGUCGUCAUUCCUGCCGGGGAUAAGCCUUCGGUAGUUGCCGAUGCUCCCGAGGACUACGCGAAAGAUACCUCUCCGGACAAAGGCGCCGUGGCUUGCUACCUCGAGGACCCGUCGAGCGAGAGCCCGCUGCAGCUGGCGCUUGUGAACUGCCACCUCUACGGCACGAACAAGUAUGGCGUGAAGGAGGCCGUCUUCGACAAGUACCGAAUGGCGCAACUCCGUGCGAUAGACUUGGCCCUCCAGGGCACUAUACCAACCGCGGCAACAGCACCGCUCGUACUCUUCGGAGACCUCAACUUCAGGGUGGAGAUGCUGAGCGGAACGGAAGAUAAGGCUAAGGGCGGGAACGAUUUCCAGGCAGUCAGAGAGAUGGCGGAAGAGUGCGACCCCAGGGUCCUACUCGACUUGUACAACAGAGCAGAUAGGCUCAGGCCACUGCUCGACGGAGAAAAAGGAAGAUGCAGAGAUAGCCCUUUCGCGGAAGGACACGGGGGAGAGACUGGUAGCGCUACGGGUGAUGAUGAAAGGGCGUCUCUCGAGGAUGCUGCGAUGCCGUGGCUACUCACGGGUUUGAGGGAUGGUUUGGGCCAAUCUCUUGCGGAAGGCCAUGCGGUGCGACCAACCUUCACUUAUAAGCCCAAGGACGCCUCGAGUACUCCCCGCAGGUACAACGACAAGCGGACUCCGUCAUGGACCGACCGCAUCUUGUGGCGAGGCUUUGAAGACGACGAGCGCCUUGACGCCCAUCCCCAACAAGAAGGCUCUCCUAGAGGACAUCCUGUUUCUGGCGCUGGUCGUGCCAUCAAUAGCACCUUCGCCGCGGUACAGGAAGUGAUCGCGUCAGACCAUGAGCCCGUGUUCUGCGUGCUUGGCCUACCACUUCCACUACCACUACCACGAAACGAGCCGGUGUCUUGACGGCCUCUGUGCUUCAGUGGCGCCGUCUGCGGGCUCCUCGUUUCGUCAUCCCCAUCACCACGUUACAUAUUGCCGCAGCCCAAAAGAAGGGGCUAGAAAGCUAGAGAACCUUUUUCUUGGUUAAACGAGGGGGAGAAGGAGGUCGUACAAGAAACCCAUUGGCCUCUCCGCUGAUGGUUGUGGUGUACGUUGUGGCUUCAGCGCCGUUGGAGCAGCACCGAUCGCAUGGGCGAGUCAGAUGAACAGGGUUUUGCGCUCACGGAAAAUGAUGAACGUUCUCAUGUAGCUG